CAAAAUGCGACACUUCUUUUUUUCAAAAAAAGCGAUAUAAUAAAUUACGUAGUGCGACGUUGGAAGGAGUCUUUAUACCUUUUGUUCGCUCAAAAAGGUAAUUCUUCUGCAGGCCAUUGGUAAAGUAUAAAAGCAUGCUUGGAAAUUAUGUGAACCGCCAACAGUUUUGGUAAGAUUACGAUCCCAUUCCUUUGCCUAGAAACUUAAACUUCAACAAAGAAUUCGAGUUAGAUACACAUAUUUAUUUUAUAUUUUACAGCAACAGAAUAUAACUUUGGUUUUCGUAAAUAAAUACAUAUCAACAACGAACAAAUGCAUCGCACAGAAUCCUCCUGCCGUCAAUCCAUUCCUAUUGAACAAUUUCUAACGCCUCCAGAGCAUAAUGUUAAUCAUGAUUUCUCCUUUUCAUCCAUUUCAUUUACUUCAUCAAAUUGCCAUUCUACACUCGCGAGGGAUUCGGCUGACCACCCCAUAAGAAGCCCAUACUUUGCAUUCAGCCGAACAAUAGUUAAUAACCCACAAGCAUCUAAACAUUGUACUCAGUCUCUAUCCGAUCAAUACUUCACUACUACAAUCACAAAUAAACAAGAUAAGAAAGUAAAUAACGAGAAAGUCGACCAUGAAGGAGAUUAUGACCAUGAAGAUGAUGAUCAAGAAGAAGACGACAAUGAAAAAGACGACGAUGAAGAUUACGAGGGAGAAGAAGACGAUGAUGACGAAGACGAAUUGAACGCACCGUCUUAUGAAACCAUUUUAUUUUACGAAAUCUUGAAAGAAUUUCCAGAUCUUGCCUCAUUUAUACGCCAUGAAGACUUUAAUACUUUUUCUCAAAUAUGGUUAGAGCUACAACGACAAAAAGACCUUGCUCGUUAUCCAGCAAAUCGAUCUGCUGUUCAGGCUUGGUUGAAGUACACAGCGCUUCAAAUUCAUGCUAAACUGGUUACACUCGUUAAGAACAAUCCCGGAAAUAAAGAUCAAAACUCGGAAGCACGUCGUAUGUUUUCUGCUUGGAGACGAUUAAAAGAUCGAGUAGAAGUUACUCACCAAAUCUUUCAAAUAAUCGAAGAUCGACGUAUUUUAUAUAAUCAAACGCCCAAACAAGCCGUCGUUGACUUACGGCAGGCAGCUGCACAAUUAAAUCGAGGUGGUUUACGAGAUGUAUCAAAAAUAUACCUAUAGAAUUUCCUGCAA